AACAAGCUAGAAAAAAGCAAAAAAAACCCUCCCCUCUCAAAAGUUCUACUACUAACUACUAUAGGUCUCUGAGUUACAGAGACAUAUAUAGAGAAAGAGAAAAACAAAAAGGAAGCUGAGAAAAGUAGCACUCAGAAAUGGACUCUUGGGCUCGGUUUCUGGUUCUUGUGGUUUGCUUUUUUCCGGCUUUGGUUGAAUGCAGAGUUCGAAACUACAAGUUCAAUGUGGUAUUAAGAAAUAGCACCAAACUAUGUUCCACCAAGCAAAUCGUCACCGUUAACGGCAAAUUCCCAGGUCCCACUCUCUAUGCCAGAGAAGACGACAACGUUAUUGUCAAAGUCGUCAACCACGUUAAAUACAACGUCUCCAUCCAUUGGCACGGAGUCCGGCAGAUCAGAACAGGUUGGUCCGACGGACCAGCAUACAUCACACAGUGCCCAAUCCAGCCAGGACAGAGCUACAUCUACAACUUCACUCUCACCGGCCAACGUGGCACGCUUCUGUGGCACGCUCAUAUUCUCUGGCUCAGAUCCACCGUUCAUGGCGCUCUCGUUAUCCUCCCAAAGCGCGGUGUUCCUUAUCCCUUCCCUGCUCCUCACAAGGAAGUCGUCAUCGUUCUAGCUGAGUGGUGGAAAGCUGAUACUGAGAACGUUAUCAAUCAAGCUCUCAAGGCUGGUUUAGCACCCAAUGUUUCUGAUGCUCAUACAAUCAAUGGCCAUCCUGGACCAGUCUCAAACUGUUCUUCCCAAAAAGGGUAUACGUUGCCAGUUCAAAGUGGCAAGACGUAUUUGCUGAGAAUAAUCAACGCUGCGCUCAAUGAGGAGCUUUUCUUCAAGAUUGCCGGCCACAAACUCACGGUGGUGGAAGUGGAUGCCCUAUACGUUAAGCCUUUCAAGAUCGACACCAUCCUCGUCGCACCUGGCCAAACCACCAACGUCCUCCUGACCGCCGAUCAGAACUCCGGCAAAUACCUGGUCGCCGCCUCUACUUUCAUGGACUCCCCCAUCGCGGUCGACAACGUCACCGCCACCGCCACUCUUCAUUACUCCGGCACUCUCUCCACCACCCAGACCACUCCCACCAAGACUCCUCCAAUCAACGCUACCCAAGUGGCUAACAACUUCACCAACUCCCUCAAGAGCUUGAAUUCCAAGAAAUAUCCUGCUCAAGUACCCUUGAAGAUCGAUCACCACCUGUUUUUCACCGUCGGUUUGGGAGUCAAUCCCUGUCCCACCUGCAAAGCCGGCAACGGAAGCAGAGUCGUGGCCAGUGUCAACAAUGUCACUUUCGUGAUGCCAACCACGGCCCUUCUUCAGGCUCAUUUCUUCAAUAUCAGUGGGGUCUUCACCACCGAUUUUCCGGCGAACCCGCCUCACAGCUAUAACUUUUCCGGCGCACCGCCGACCAAUUUGCAGACCACCAACGGCACCAAAGUUUAUAGACUGGCGUACAACUCCACGGUUCAGCUGAUUUUGCAAGAUACCGGAAUCAUAGCACCGGAGAACCAUCCUGUUCAUCUUCAUGGAUUCAAUUUCUUCCAAGUUGGUAGAGGAAUUGGGAAUUACAAUGCAACUACGGAUUCGAAGAAUUUUAAUCUUGUUGAUCCUGUUGAAAGGAACACCAUUGGCGUACCUUCUGGUGGUUGGGUUGCCAUAAGAUUCCGUGCUGACAAUCCAGGAGUUUGGUUCAUGCAUUGUCAUCUUGAAGUUCAUACAACGUGGGGGUUAAAGAUGGCAUUCUUGGUGGACAACGGGAAAGGACCUAACCAAUCACUUUUACCACCUCCAAAGGAUCUUCCGAAAUGUUAAAAUUCAUUGAAAAAAAAUAAAAGAAUGAAAAAAGUACAGAAAAUUAAUUCAUAACAAAGAUGGCAGAGAGAUCGACCUCCGGAUUGGGAAAAAGGAGUAAUGGACAUAAAGAAAGUAAUAGAGGAAAAGGAAGACGAAAGAAUUGUUUGAAUAAAGAUAAUAAUGAUAUCAUAAAUUCCAAUAUUGUUUCUUGAGUGAAUGGGAAGGAAUAUUUGCUCAAGCAGGUUUUAAAAUAAAUAUUGCUACGAGCAAUUUUGAUUGUUGAAAAGCAUGAAGAAAAAGACUUUUUUUUUUUUUUGGAGGGCCUAAUGUAUUUAAAUCAUAAGGGAUGUGUAAGUUUUUGUCAUAUUUUGUGAAAGUUCCUACAAUACUUGCUUGUAUAUUAAUCAAUUUGUCCAAAGUGCUUUCGUUCGUUUUGGUUUUUA